AUGAGAAGCGUCCAGCACACAAUGUCGUAUGCAACGUUGUGUCAUUCUAUUGGUUGGUAGUAAAUCGUGGUGUUAUGCUAUUGGCAGUCAGCACGAGAAGAAGCCGGUAGGGAUAAAAACCGUGGAACGUACUUCACCUAAUCACAUUUCGAUCAGUGAACAUUAUUGUGGGUGCUGUUUGAUCCCAUUUUUUUCUUUUUAAUAACUGAAUUAUUCAAAUAUGAGAAGAAAACUUUUAUUUCUAGGCGUGUUGUUAUUGGCAGCUACUCUUUGUUUGGCCGAAGACGAGACUGAAAAUGAAAUCAAAGUUGACGAAGAUUUGGGUAGCAGCAGAGAGGCUUCUCGUACGGAUGACGAAGCAGUACAGAGAGAGGAAGAAGCAAUAAAAUUGGAUGGAUUGAGUGUAGCACAAAUAAAAGAAAUGAGAGAGAAAGCAGAAAAGUUUGCAUUUCAAGCUGAAGUCAAUCGGAUGAUGAAACUUAUCAUUAAUUCCUUGUAUAGAAAUAAAGAGAUAUUUCUUCGUGAAUUGAUUUCUAAUGCUUCGGAUGCAUUAGACAAAAUCAGAGUGCUCUCAUUAACAGAUAAAGAUGCUCUAUCUGCUACAGAAGAACUGUCAAUUAGAAUAAAGAGUGAUAAAGAGAACCAUCUACUACACAUAACAGAUACAGGAAUAGGUAUGACGAAAGAGGAACUAGUUAAUAAUCUUGGUACGAUUGCAAAAUCCGGAACAUCUGAAUUUUUGCAAAAAGUAGCAGAAUCUGCUACUACUGCUGAAUUAGGAGACAUGAUUGGUCAAUUUGGGGUUGGAUUUUAUUCAUCUUUCUUGGUUGCGGACAAAGUAAUAGUAACAAGUAAACACAACGAAGACAAGCAGCAUAUUUGGGAAUCUGAUGCUGCUUCGUUCACAGUUAGUGAGGAUCCAAGAGGUGACACACUUAAACGAGGUACCACUGUUACUCUCCAUUUGAAAGAAGAAGCCCGCGACUUCUUGGAAGAAGAUACCUUGAAGAAUCUGAUCAAGAAAUACAGCCAGUUUAUUAACUUUAAUAUCUAUCUGUGGACAAGCAAGACUGAAACAGUUGAAGAACCAAUUGAAGAGGAAGAGGAAGAAACAACAACAAAAGAACCAGCAGCAGAAGAAGAUGAAGAUGCCAAAAUUGAAGAAGAAACAGAAAAGGAAGAAAAACCAAAAACAAAGAAGGUUGAAAAAACAACCUGGGAUUGGGAACUGAUCAAUGAUUCUAAACCAAUAUGGACUAGAAAACCUAACGAGAUUACAGAUGAUGAAUAUGAAGAAUUUUACAAAUCAAUUACAAAAGAUACUUCUAGUCCGUUAUCAAAGAUCCAUUUUGUUGCAGAAGGAGAAGUCACAUUUAAAUCUUUGCUUUAUAUUCCUAGUGUUCAACCAUCAGAAUCAUUCAACAGAUAUGGAACUAAAGUUGAUCAUAUUAAGUUAUAUGUCCGCAGAGUUUUCAUUACCGAUGAUUUUCAAGAUAUGAUGCCAAAUUAUCUUAGCUUUGUAAAAGGUGUGGUUGAUUCUGAUGAUUUACCAUUAAAUGUUUCACGAGAAACAUUGCAGCAACAUAAGUUAUUGAAAGUCAUUAAGAAGAAACUUGUCAGAAAAACAUUGGAUAUGAUUAAAAAGAUACCAAAAGAAGAGUAUGAAAAAUUUUGGAAAGAAUAUAGUACAAACCUUAAAUUAGGUAUCAUUGAAGAUCCUAGCAAUAGAUCAAGAUUGGCUAAAUUAGUGAGAUUUCCGUCAUCAUAUGCUCCUUCAAAUACAACAUCUCUCGCAGAAUACGUUGAACGAAUGAAUGAAAAGCAACAGUAUAUUUAUUAUAUGGCUGGAUCUAGCAUGCAAGAGGUGGAAAAAUCUCCAUUUGUGGAACGUCUGUUGAAAAAAGGAUAUGAAAUUCUCUACUUAACAGAUCCAGUUGACGAAUAUUCAAUUUCUGCACUUCCAGAAUUUGAAGGGAAGAAAUUCCAAAAUGUUGCUAAGGAUGGUUUGAAAAUAGAUGAUGGUGAGAAAGCAAAAGAAAAACAAGAAGCUUUAGCAAAACAGUUUGAAUCUCUUACUAAAUGGCUAGAAGAAGAUAUUCUUAAAGAUAAAAUCUCUAAAGCCACUAUUUCUCAAAGACUUCACUCGUCACCUUGUGCAUUAGUAGCAAGUCAGUUUGGAUGGACAGGCAAUAUGGAGAGAUUGGCUAGAAGCAAUGCACAUAGCAAAUCUUAUGACUCGGCAAGAGACUAUUAUUUAAGUCAAAAGAAAACAUUAGAAGUGAAUCCAUAUCAUCCACUCAUAAAAGAACUUCUACGAAGAGUUGAAGCAGAUAAGAGUGAUCAGACAGCUCAUCAGAUGGCCAAUAUUAUGUUUGAGACUGCUACAUUAAGAUCUGGUUACAUGCUUCAGGAUACCUCAUCUUUUGCUGAAAGAGUAGAAACAUUGUUAAAAAAGACACUUGGAGUACCAGAAGACUUGCAGGUUGAAGAACCUUCAGAAGAACCAGAAGAUGAAGAAGACCAAAAAGAGGAAGAUACAGAAGAAGAGUCAUCGGAACACGAUGAAUUAUGAAAAUCGAACAUCAUAUAAUUCCAUAAUUUUUGUAUUUAAUCAUCAACAUUCUUCAGUCAAGUGUUAAAACAUCUGUUGACUAGAUGUCAUUUCAAGUUCCAGUUUGAAUGUUUAGUGUUCAGGGCAGUUAUUCUGUGAAUGGCUUCCAUAGAAAUUCAAAAUGUGAACUCUAAUUAUUUUUCUUUAGUACAUUCAACCAAUACAUUUCCAUGAACUGUUGAAUUGACUUUUGUACAAAUCUUUUCAGUAUAAUACUGUAUUUUUUGUUUACUUAACUACCAAAAAUUAGACAAAGGUACAUUUUUAUGUCUACUUCAUUAACUGCACAAUUUUUUUGUACAUUGGUAUGAAAAUUAAAAUAAAAAGUGAAAGUUGAAAUUCA